AGGUGUGGGCGUGGUUUGGGUUCAGUCACUGUAUUUCCGCAGGUGCCGUGAGGAGCGAUACGCCAGAAAGACAGAAUCGACACCAGAUUAAACAAAGAAAACGCAAACAUGCGGUUCAUUUUACCAGCUUCGUUAGUUCUAGUUGCUGGUUUAAUUCCUGCUGUCACGAGCUCGAUUUCUGGCCUUCCAGAGGACUUGGAAGGAUCAGGAAUUGAUUUGGAGAGUUCUGGGUCAGGAGAUUGGUCAGAUCAUGUUUCUCCCGUUGAAGGUAAAAACAUAGAUGAGGAGCCAGAAGGAGAUCAUUUAGGAGAGGUACACAAAACGAUGGAUUCUGGGAGGAUGAAGCUACCAGCUGACACUCUGAUGGCUUCUUCUACUAGAAUUUCCGCGUCCGGAUUUGUGUUUUUGGAAAAUGGCAGGCAUUUUUGGGAAAAGGAAGAAGUUCUGGCUGGCAUGAUUGCAGGGGUUCUAACGGGAGCGGCAAUCGGAGCUACGAUAACAGCAAUAUUGAUCUACAAGUGGAAGAAAAGGGAGGAUGAAGGGGGGCUUCUGGGCAAAAGAGAAAUCACAUAAAUUAUACUAAUAUAAUAAUUUUUGCCAUCAAAAUGUUAAAGCUGCUUAACUUUUUGUUUUUGUUUUGGGGAGCUGCUGUAAAUUUCCCCCUUUCUCUCUAGAGCCACAAUGCAACUAAUUUCUCAAAUAAUAUUGAUAGUUUUCCUUACAUUAUUAACCAAAAGUUUUUCUUUUACACAUGGCAACGGUGAGCCAAUGUGUUUAUGGUUUUAAUUUGAUUUAAAAAAAAUUCUAUUUUAAAUGAGACUUAGUUCAUAAAUCUGUGGGGUGAUUAGGCUAAAUAUAUAUAUAUUUUUUUUCAUUGUAUUUUCCAUCUAUUUAUUUGAUGGCCUCUUUUUUUCCGAGCAUUUUAUUUAAAAAAAAUAAUUACAGGUGAUUAAAAACCCUUUAAAUCCUUUUAAUCCUACUUUUCAUAGCCACAAGCAUGAUUUUUUUCCCCACCUACAGUUAAAUUUAAAUCUUUUUCUAUUUCAACUAACGCUGACCUAUGCAUAUUUGGGUCUAAUUCAUGUAAAUGUUUAGUUGUUUUGACGUAAAAAGAAAUGGCAAAAGUCUAAGGCUACAACCUUUCUUUCCAUAAAAUACAAUAAAUGUACUUGUCUUGUUCAAAAUAUGCCAACAGACCACAUUAAGCUUCCAUUAAACCACAAAUAUCGAAUAUAUUUGCAUAUUCUUUGUAAAUAAAUUACUUCAUGAAGACCA